CUUAAUAAAGAAUUUUCGGGGGCAGAGAUGCAGUAUGACGUGGCAAACAGCGACCAAGAAAAACAGACUAGUGAGGAAACAACCCUUCCUUCGGUCAGCAACUGGAAUUCUGCUGGAAUUUUAAUGGUGUGGUUUUGCCUUUACUUCCCCAAGAAGGACAUGUAUUAUAUGUUGGCCAAUCAGAAGACCCCACUCUGCAUGCGACAGACACAAGGCCAAUCGGCAGUUAUUUUCUAUAUCGGAUGAAAGUGGGAGAGGAUGACACUUCCUACUGUGACCUUAAAUAGAGGCUAUGAAAAUGACAGUGAUUUUCUCUGCCAUUACACUGAGAGACUCUGUGUGUGAAUGAAGAGAGGAAGAGAGAGAACAAGAGUGCAGUGAAAGGUUUAAUUUCUUCAUCCUGCUGUACCUCUUGGACUUGUUUUCUUUCCUGUGCUCUUAGGGGAGGCCAGUUCCCCCAAUAUCCGGAUCUCUCCACCCCACCCCUUGAAGCAUCCAUUCUUUGAAGCAUAAACGCCACAAAGACUCAACAAGGUCGAGACUCCAGGCACAGCCCCGCAGGAAGCAUGCAGACUCCGCUCACCCUGCGGCCCUUCGCUCCGCUGCUCCUGCUGCUCCUGCUGCUGCAGCCGCUGCAGUUGAAAUUCUUGCAUCAAAAUGGGCGGAUGUCGGAGGAAAAGGCAGAGCUAUUUGAAGAUUAUUUGGAGGAGCUGGACAGCACAGGACCUACGCUACCACCCACUAAAGAUGUUUUCAAAAGUCAUACCAUUAUCGAUCCGGAAAGACCCUUAACUGAUUACUACUACUGUACUGAUGAAGUAAAAAUGAAAAAUGUCCACAACAGAUUUCAUUGUGUAAAAGAACAUUUCUUCCUCCUGGCAUCAUUUGAGGAACUGCAAGAAGCCUGUUACAAUCUGUUCGUGCCUUGUAAAAAUGGAGUGAAGAAGUGUCACAGGAGCAGGCAAUCAAUAAAAGGAGUAUACUGUAAUUUAAUCAGUGGAACAAGGAUGCCAAACUGUGUCUAUGCAUCUUCUUAUAGGCAGGGAUACGUCCUUUUGACUUGUCGAUGGCAAAAUGAUAUUCAAGAAAUGGUCCCCACUUACAUAAAUGAUAUUACGGAGAUAAAGGAUGUUACCAAGAAGAAACAUGUCCCCCAACGUUACUUCUACUGACUCUGCUAAAAGAGUAUUCUCAGUAAAGAGUAGGAGGACACAACACUCUCCAUAUAGAUCCUUCCAGGUCAAAAUUGAGAAUGGUAAUGUCAAUUCGAUUCAUUUUAAUCAUCUACCUUCUUCCUUUCUUCCCCUGACACCAUGCAAAGACAAUGUGGGCUAAGUUCAUAAACAGUGCUCUGAAAUGUGGUUUCAAACAGGUCACAUCGUUUAGCACAUUUUGGAUGUGUUUGGAGGGUGAAUACCUGCAGGGAAAGAGUGGCCGGCUCCAAGAGGAAUAGCAAAUAGUUGUCUGGAGUGUGCUCCUAAAUUGUGUUCGUGUACAUCUCUAGUUCAGUAGAAAUAAUAAAGUGCAUUGACCUAG